ACUAUUGAUGAAAUGAAAGAAGAAAUACACUCUGAAACACACAAAGGAAAGACAUGUGAAAUUAGGUUAUCUACUAAUUUAUCCAUCCCUGGUAAUAAGUGUCUCAUAAUUCAUAAUCAUGGACCACAUCUCCCUCCAUUCUUUCAUUGUGAAAUCCUCCAUUAAUGGCUAAGUUUAUUCUCUUCUUCUAUGUUGUUUCCUUUCUCUGCCUUGUACUAACAUGUAGUGCUACAUUGUAUAUAGUGGGAGAUACCUCUGGUUGGGAUGUAAGUACUAACCUCAACUCAUGGGUCAAGAACAAAACCUUCAAUGUUGGAGAUGUUCUUUUGUUUCAGUACGUAUCUUCUACCUACACUGUUAAUGAGGUAACAAGAAACAACUUCAAUGGAUGCGAUGUGACCCGGGCUUUCAAAAUAUAUACCGGAGGUAACUCGACGAUUACUUUGACGAAACCCGGCGAUAGAUUCUUCAUCUGUGGUACUAAAUUAUAUUGCCUUACUGGGAUGAAGCUCCAAGUUCAUGUUAAUGGAAUUCAAGGGGCUGGUGCUCCGGCUGGUGCUCCGGCUAGUGCACCAGGGUUAGCACCACAAGCUUCCACAGCUCUUACUCACGCUUCACCUCAUUUGUCUACUUCAGAUGGGUCUCUUCAUGGUGGAAGGGAUUCUCUAUUUGCAGUUUGUCUUGGUGUAGUACUAAUCACUCUUCUAUCAGUUGCUAUUGUUUGAUUUGAGACCAUUUUGAAUAUGAGUCUCUAAUACAUACUAUUAUUGAUUU